AUGACCCGCGGCGCCUGCCGCGCCCCUCCCCCGCUUGGCAGGUGGACAGCGGCUGCGCCGGGGUUGGGGUUGGGGGGGGGCCGAGGCGCCAACCUUGGCUGGCCCGCAGCCGCUGCCGCACUGAACGGGGGCGGGGGACUGCGGCGCGCACGGGGCCGGGCGUACGCCUGCCUGGACCGCCUCCUGGGCCUCCGAGCGCUGCGCGGCCGCCGGCCAGCGGCCGCCGGCGCGCCGGGGCAGCAGACUGCGCCUCCGCCCCGCCCUCUCACCCAGGGAUUGACACUGAACGUUCUGCGGGGCUUGCCGGACAGCGCGCCUCUACCAAUCGGCAGCCUCGCUAGGCGGGCCCCGGGCCCUGUCGGAAGAGUCCGCCAAUCAGACGGGUCGGCCCGCCCGGUUGGGGUCUCGCAAGCGCUCGAGUGGCCAAGCGUCCUAGGAGCGCGUCAUGAGGCCGAGAGCCUAUGGCAGCGCGGGAGGGUCGCGAAGGGCCAAUGA